AAGAUAUAACAUGGCAAACGUCUGCCGCGGUGACUGUGCAGGUGCCGCAACGCUCGAACCUUGACCCUGCAUCUUCGCGAGAAUGAAGUUUCGAGCUCUGUUGGCGCGCUCCUUUCCGCGUACAUCGACGAAGCUAAAAGCUCCGAGAGGUGUGCGCAAUAGCGACACAAGCCAAACCUCAACCUCUGACGGCACAUAUUCGUACUACACCAUUGGAACGGGCAGUGAGACUGAUGAGUUACCAGACAGCCUCCAGCGACCACUCCAUUACCAAAGCGACACUGCCGCGCCCACGAUGCUCAACACCACAGCAGCAAGGAGAGCAUCGGCUCCGUUCGGCAGCCACGAAACCCCAGCUCAAGAGAUUGCGCGCCUAAGAGCCAUCAACUUCGACCUCGCCCAACAAUUGGAGAAGGCAGAGCAAGACCUCGAACGCAGAAACGCGUCCAUGGCAGAGAUGGAGGUGGAUCUAGUGCGACUGUUCGAGAAAUCCAAGAAACAAGAGGCCAAGCAAGAAAAGUUGGAAGCUGAGAACGAGAGGCUCCAAGAAGAAGUGGGAGCUGAGAACGAGCGGCUUCGCGCCCAGGUCAAGCGACUCAGUACCAGCAAAUGGACGCCAUGGCGCGGCCUGAAGAAGCGUCUGGUGGAAGCCGCAGAGACUCUCAAAGUCGCCGAGAAUCAGAUUGCUGGGAUGAAAUACAUCAUCAAAGAUCUGACUAGGGAGCGCAACGACCUUCGCAACAAUCUCGACAAGGCGGUGUCAGAACUGCAUGAUUUGCAGAUGAGGAGUGUUGGUAGGCGUGGAAGUCGGACGGAUAGUGGGAUGCACCGCCACUCAUCGGUUCAUUCCAGCUUUGGAGGUGGAUUCAUCUAGAAGGAUUGUGUUUGGGUGUGCAUGGCGUUGCAUGGUUGACACAGCGACCGAGAACUUGACAGCCUGUGGACAGUGGAUAUGGUACCGCGUUGGCUUGGUGUGGCUGAUACAGCGACCGAGAAGUUGACAGCCUGUAAUCAAUGGAUAUGGUGCGGCAUUUGGCCUCCUCCUCAUUGCAUCCCUUCCUCUCUCUUCUUUGCAGCCUCUCUCCUCC